AUGUCAAAUGCAGGAAUGAAAGUUCAUUACAACAUAAACCCUCAUUGCAGAGAAAUGUAAUGUAGCGAUUCAACAGUGAAGCUAUUUUAUAAUAAACCUCACGGUGCAGGUUGACAUGAAGAUUUAGUGCUUUUAAAUGUUUCUCUGUGUGCGACUGACUGACUGUGUGUGUGUGUGUGUGUUUCAUUUGAAUGUGUACAUUGUGAAAUAAUGUGGACGUUUUCUGUGCCUAUGAUUUCCAUAAAUAAAGAGAUGGAGUGUGUUGUUGCUUGCCUUUCAUUUGCUUGUGUCAAUACAUUGUGUGCAUUCAGAAACAUACAGACUCUCAGUCUCUGCCACAUUCAAAUGAACACACUUCCAGAGAAUUACAGCAACAAAGACUAACACAGAGAAAAAUAUCAUAAAACACAUGAAUGAGGAAGAAAAAUGAAACAGUCUUUUGUUUAGAGUAAUAAAUGAUGUGAUGCUGAAUGAGGGAUGAGAGCAGAUAUAAUAAUCACACAGUUUGAAGCUGCAAACAGAAACAUAAGACUCAGGACAGAAACACACGACCUCUGAAAAAUGGAUCAAACUCUAUAUUUCAUUCUUCUUCUCAUUGCUCUAUGCUCUGUAUCUAAAUGUGUUCAGCGUCAGUAUCACUUUAUAAAUGAGAAGAAGACCUGGACUGAAGCUCAGAGAUACUGCAGAGAGAAAUACACAGAUCUGGCCACCGCUGACGACAUGAACGACAUGAAGGAGCUGAACAAGAGUGUGACUGAUAGAAGUGUUCAGUAUGUCUGGAUUGGGCUGCAGAAGACGGGUCGUGAUAAAUGGCAGUGGUCUUCAGGUGAACCUGCGCUCUAUCUGAACUGGGCUACUGGACAACCAGAAGGCAGAGAUGAUUGUGCUGGGAUGAGAAAUGGACAAUGGAAUUAUUUGAGAUGUACUGAUAACCGAUAUUUCAUCUGCUACAACACGAACACAGGACUGGUCCUUGUCAAUCAGCUGAAGAGUUGGAGAGAUGCUCAGAGUUACUGCAGACAGAAUCACACUGAUCUGGUCAGUAUGAGGAACCAGAAUGAGAAUCAACAGGUUCAGAAGAUCAUCAGUGAUAAUAACUCAACUAGAUCAUGGAUCUGGAUCGGUCUGUUCAGAGACUCAUGGCAGUGGUCAGAUCAGAGUAACUCCUCAUUCAGAUACUGGAUGUCUGGUGAACCUAAUAAUCAAGGAGGUGAUGACAACUGUACAGUGAUUGAUCCGAAUGCUCAGGGACAAUGGAAUGACAUCCGUUGCAUCAACCAGUAUCCUUUUGUGUGUCAUGAAGAUAAACUGAUUCUGAUCAAGGAGAAUCUGACGUGGUCUGAAGCUCUGAGAUACUGCAGACAGAAUCAUGUGGAUCUGGUCUCGGUUCAUUCAGAAGAGAUUCAGCGUCGUGUGAUGAACGUGGUUAAACGAGCGUCUACUGCGGAGGUGUGGUUGGGUUUACACAACUACUGCAUCAUGAACAUAUGGCUCUGGCUGAGUGGAGAGGUCGUGUGCUAUCAGAACUGGGCUCCAGGGAACGGGAUGACACCCGAAAACUGCAAACUGGAGAACAGAAAAGGAGCAGUUCAGUCUGGAGGAGAUCAGCGCUGGAUCAGCCUUCCUGAAUCUCACAAACUCAACUUCAUCUGCAGCAGAAAUUAAGAGCUAAUGUGUUUACUUACAUUAACAGUUUUUAUAGGCCACUUCAUUAUCUUUCUGAUUUACUUUUAUGUUUGUUUUGUUAUUUAGUAAGUUCUGAGUGAAUCUGCUUAUUGGGUUUUAAAAGUAGGGUUUUAUUUCUGCAUUAUAAAAUAUGUCUUUUGAGAAAUUUUUUGUAUAUCUGGUGUGGUUAUGACUAUGUUUUGCACUUAAUAUCUUUUGAACACAAACACAUGAUAACAGAAUAUCAGCUCAAAUAAACUCAUCUACAGCCAGUAUUGUCUCCUAUUUCCCCUCAACAUCACAUUAAACUGUAAAUUAUAUGUGGGCCAGGUUCAGCUGAUCCCCAUCCACCAAUGGGAAUACGACACCUACCUAAGCAUCCAUAUAUAAGGUCCCUCAGUAUUAUCAGCAGUUUUCGCAUUGCUCAAUAGCUAAUUAAACUGCGAAUUUGGCAGGCAAAAUACCAUCAUCACAAGGAACCAGGAAUUUAGCGAGUGGAAUUCGUUUCCCCAAUGGUCUCACCUCCGAUUCAUUCAAGUUUGUUAUCUUGAACACGUGAAUUCACCGCAUUGAUCAUAAGUUGCCUGAUUCGGAAGUGACUGAGUUAUCAUUACUUCAUGCAUCACUACAUUAUUGAAAUGGACUCCACGA